AUGGCUGCUCUCACAGAUAGUCCUGCAAGCAUUCAGCUGCCAGAGGAGCUCACUCGGUCUACGCAACAGGACACAUCCCCACCGCGGCGGAGAAUAAAUGACGCUCUGGCUCCAGUUACCACAUUGGAGCAAAGAACUCGAAGAAAACGAGUAAUCACGACCAUCUAUAUUGUUUUUAUCCCAGCUGUGCUGCUAACCACUGUCCUGACUCUCCUGGUGCUGACCAGCACCUCUGUGGAAGAAACCGGGAUCGCAACCAUUAAUUUGAACUGGCAGAAACUUCCAGAGACGGAUCGCCGCGUUAUACUUCACCAUGUUAACCUCUCCCAGAGUAUUAGAGGCGGAAUUGAGACUGCAAUAUUCACCACCCCGUCAGCUAUAGAAACAGCAGCUAAAAAAGUCGAAUUUAAUCAGUCUCUAGACGAUGACCUUUUCCCUUACAGGAUCUCUCUCGGUACCCAAAAGCUAUGCACUAAAAUCCAUAAAAAGCCCAAUGAAUGCCACCAGUUGCCUGUCAACGUUUCGAACAUCCUUCCAAAGUCAAUCCAAACUAAAUUCGAGGACGCUGUUGAAAGCUUCCAGUCCCUUGGAGAACCUGCUUCCUCGCAGGGAGCAAUUACACCUCUUAUAACAAUUGGGCUUGUGCUGGCCUUGACUGCCUUGCUGACGCCAUUAAUAAUUGCACGGUGGCCAUGGCCCUGUUAUCGCCGGGUCAAACAGACUGUGAUGUUAACCGCAAGCUUAGCUUGUCUGGUGUGUUUCUCCGUGUCUGCAGGUAUUAUAUAUGCUCUUCAAUCAGCAUUGCAAACGCGUGUAACUGGCAUAUCAUUUGUCCAGGAUGUUAGUUUAGGGCCCGCUGGACGGCUCAGUCUCGGUGCCACCUGCUGUGCGGUGAUUAUCAUGGGGUGUUCCCUCGCUGUCAAAACUCUUUGA